AUAUACAGAAUGUUAAUGAGCUUUUAGUUCAAAAUUUUAUACAGCUAACUGGUCUAAAGCAAUAAUUAGGAAGUUGAUCAAUAAUUACUUUCCAAUGUAAAUCAAUGUAUGGGAUAAAUUCUGCAUUCUUUUUUAUAAUUCUUUAUAGAAAUUGCUUUUUAAAAAAUUUGAUCUGAUAUUUUGAAUAUUUAAAAUAUUUUAUGAUUCAAGUAUCAAAAUAAGAUAAUGUAAGAUUAACUUUUGCUGAGUAACAAACCACCCGAAUUGCCUUGAAACAGCAAGCAUUUAUUUUUUCUCAUGCUUUGGUUGUUCUGGUAUGUAUCGGAUAGUGUAGGAUGGCCUCAUUCACAUUUCUGGGGCCUCAUCUGGAAAGUCUGGAUGGCUAUCUCUCUGAACCUGGUCUCAUUCUCCAAGAGGCUAGCUCAGGCUUUUUCACAGGAUGGUGGAAUGGUUCCCAGCAACAAGCCCAAGUGUUUUUCAAAUGUCUGUUUCCCUUACAUUUGCUGGUCUGUCAUUGACUGAAGCAAUUCAGAUAGCCAAGUCCAAAUUCAAGGGGUAUAGAUAUAGAAUCUACUUUUUUUUUUUAAUGUUUUUAUUUAUUUUUUUGAAGGAGAAAGAGAGAGACAGAGCAUGAGUGGGAGAGGAGCAGAGAGAGAGGGAGACACAGAAUCUGAAGCAGGCUCCAGGCUCUGAGCUGUCAGCAUAGAGCCCAACACAGGGCUCGAACUCAUGAACCAUGAGAUCAUGACCCAAACCGAAGUCAGAUGCUCAACCAACUGAACCACCCAGGCACCCCUAGACUCUACUUUUUAAUGGAACGAACAGUAAAGUCACAUUCCACAGGGCAUACAGACAGCGAUGGGAAGAACUUGUGGCCAUUUUGCAAACCUAUAACUCAUAGAAUAAGGCAUUCUUGUCUUUCAUUCACUCUGUGCCCUCAUUCUUCCUAUAGAUAACCAUUUUUAUUUUUGGUUCUUUCCCUGUGCUUCUUUUUGGAUAAGCAAAUAAUAUACAUAUAAAUAUAUACACAUGUUUUAUAUAUAUAUAUGUAUUUGUGUGUGUAUGUAUAUACACACUUGAGUCAAUAUUUUUACCUCAAAGCUAUUAUUCAUAGUAAACACAUGCACAUUAGCCCUUCAGCUCAGGUUCACAGGUCUUCCCUGGAGAAGGAUGUCAGGCUGGUUAAACUCAGGAUGUCUUUCUCUGACAUCACUUCCUGAGAGCACUGGAAAGUUCUGGUCUCCAGGGGUCACCAGCCAGGCUCAUCUGUGGUGUGUGCAGAGAGCUCCAUGCACAGCUUUAUGCUCUGGUGCUGAACAGUUUUACUUUCUGGGACAGCAGAGAGUUUUGUCCAACUUCUUAAGGCAAAAUCAAGGCCAUGGGAAAGAAUCAUACGACUGAGUCAAUACGGCCCCAACAUCCAGGCUCCACCUCCCAGUUUCCACUCACCAGCAUAUUCUUAACAAAAAGGGAUCCUGCCUUUCAGAUGAUCACAGUUACCAAGGAAACGGGCCUUGGUCUGAAGAUCCUUGGAGGAAUUAACCGGAAUGAAGGCCCCUUGGUAUAUAUUCAGGAAAUUAUUCCUGGAGGAGACUGUUACAAGGAUGGACGUUUGAAGCCAGGAGAUCAACUUGUCUCAAUAAACAGGGAAUCUAUGAUUGGUGUAUCCUUUGAAGAAGCAAAAAGCAUAAUUACUAGAGCCAAGUUAAGGUCAGAAUCUGCUUGGGAGAUAGCCUUCAUAAGACAAAAAUCGGAUGGCAGUCAUCUAGAAAAUCCAUCUUGUACAUCCCUUUUACAAGCUUCAGGAGAAUAUGGACUGCAAGCCUCAACAUUUAGCCUUCUUCCUUCUCCCCCUGAAAUACUAAUUCCAAAGACCUCAUCUACUCCCCAAACUACAGAUACCAUUUUAUCUUCUUUUAGGAGAAAUCAGAUAAAAACUGGAUACAAGAAAACAGAACAGACUCCAAUUACUUCUUCAGAAAACAGCCCUACGGAUAUGUCUAAUACAGAUAUUGCCCCUGCCUGGACUGAUAAUUAUGGACCACAAGGAAAGAAGAUUUCCCUAAAUCCUUCUGUUCGCCUUAAGGCAGAGAAACUGGAAAUGGCUCUAGAUUAUCUUGGUAUUCAGCCCACAAAGGAACAACACCAAGCCCUGAGACAGCAAGUGCAAGUAGACCCAAAGGGGACAGUGUCUUUUGGAGAUUUUGUCCAGGUUGCCAGAAACUUGUUUUCCUUGCAGUUGGAUGAAGUAAAUGUUGGUGAAUGCGAAAUUUCCAACAUACUAGAUUCACAGCUUCUUCCCUGUGAUUCCUUAGAGGCAGAUGAAAUGGAAAGGCUUAAGCGUGAAAGAAAUGAUGCCUUGGAGGAAGUGAAUACACUCAAGGAAAAACUAUUUGAAUCAGAAAGGCAAAAGAAACAGUUGACAGAAGAACUCCAGAAUGUGAAACAAGAAGCCAAAGCUGUUGUUGAAGAAACCAGAGCCCUGCGAAGUCGGAUUCACCUUGCCGAAGCUGCACAGCGACAGGCACACGGAAUGGAAAUGGACUAUGAAGAAGUGAUCCAUCUGUUAGAGGCCGAGAUCACAGAUCUAAAGGCUCAGCUUGCUGAUUAUUCGGACCAAAAUAAAGAAAGUGUUCAGGAGUUAAGAAAGAGAAUCACAGUGCUCGACUGCCAAUUGCGAAAAUCGGAAAUGGCUCGAAAAACUUUUGAGGCAUCCACUGAAAAGCUUCUUCAUUUUGUAGAGACUAUUCAAGAAUUACUUUCUGAUAAUUCUUAUCCUUUAUCAAAUUUAAGUGAAAGAAGAGCUUUGUUAGCUUCUCAGACUUCCCUCACACCCCUGGGAAGGAACGGACGUAACAUCGCAGCAACACUGGCACUUGAAUCUAAGGAACUUGUUAAAUCUGUUCGGGCCAUACUUGAUAUGGAUUUCGCUUUUCUAUAUGUAAUGGAAAGCAGAAAAUUAAUACCAUGAGGUAGAUAAUUCAGCUGCAGCCUCUACCUCAUUUCCUUUGGCGUGACUGUCUGGUUAUUUCAAGUUACAAUUCAGAAUUUUCUCUUGGGUAAUUGCCUUUACUUUCUUCUUAACAUAAGUAUAAUCUAGGAUGUUAUACAAUGGGAUUUCCUCAGAAAUGAGAAUCAGAUUUCUUGGGUGUUAUAGCUUAAACCCAGUCUCUGAUGGAAUAUCUAGAAGAUAAUUCUGAACCUUUUUUAGAUAGUGGCCUCUACUGAAAUCUGGAGAAAGCCCUGUUACCAGACAUGUGCAAUUAUAAACAUUUGCAUCCAUCUUCAGAGUGUUUAUAAACCCCAACUUAAGAACCUAGAUGUAGGAUCACAGAGGGCACGAGUGCUUUUUACAGCCUUGCAAACCUGGCCGUCCAACUCUCAUCGGGAUAGCUGUAGCAAUGGAGAAUUAUGUGAAUCAUAGAGGCAUCCUCGAGGAACAGUUUGAACCCAUCUAAACAGUGCUCUGCAGAAUUUCUGAUGAUCCUUGGAGGUGCCCCAGGGAAUACCCCAAUUAGCCAUCCAACUUCAUUGGGCAAAUUAAUUAACCUCUGGUCCUCUUUCCUCAUAUAAAAGGUGGAAUUCAUAAUAUCUAAACUGGCAGGGUUGGAGGAUUAAAUGAGAUACAUGUAAAGUAGCUAACGGAGCACCUGGUAGUAUAAGGUGUUCAUUAAUGGACAUUGCUACUGCUGGUGCUGCUAAUGCUGAUACCACAUUAUUAUCAUCUAAAGCAGCUAAUUUAAAACUACUUUUUCUCUGUGCUAAGUAUUAAGUAACUAUCAUCUAAAUCUUUCAGUUUGGAUCCAUUUGAAAAAUAUGACAGAUGAGAGCUUUCCUUAAUGUAUAACAUAUAAUGUUAUUUUCAAUUUUGAGUUAUAAUGUAAUCAUCACAGGAAACCAUGGCUAAAUGUCUCAAUCAGCAUCUUAUCUUUCAGUUGUUUUUUUGCUAACUAUAACAAAAUUUUGGUCUGUUCCACUGUACUGCCUCCACUGAAAUAGCAUGUAGACAAAAUAGGCAUUUUCAAUCAGUAUUGGAACCCCUACAGGUGCCUCUAUCGAUCGAUCUCCAUCAGUAUUUACAUGGUCAAUAUCAUAAUGUUUUAGUGUAAUCUUUAUUUGAAAUAACUACUUGUUUUGAACUUAAAUCUUUGAUUGACAUCUAGUUUCACAAAAUAAUUCUGUUACAAAGGCAGGAAGAAGCAGUUCUACUUUUAAAACGCAUAAUAAUAACUGGCCAGCUAUUCCAUAGGAGGUCUUUAAUAAGAACUUACUGACUUCCUCGUAGAUGGGCAGCACAAACACAGGCAUCCACCUUCCUUCACGAUUCCCAUGGAAAUGAUAGAUGGAAUAUAAAAAUAGAGUAAAAAUCUUCAAAAGCACUUGUAGUUACAGGCAAAUCCCCAAAACUUCGAUAGGGCAGGUGAGGCCACAUACAAGGAAAGCACAAAUGCCCAACUUGUUACUCCCCCUGCCUAACAACAGUGGCAAUUAUGGGAUAAUUGGAGGUCCUUCUGGCAGGAAGACAGUCCUUAAUGCAUUCUAAUUUGAAGGGGUAAUGGAUAAAGCCAAAGACUCACUAGGGGGGCAGAUGGACUCUUUUUCCUCUUUUAUCUUGGUGAGUCAAUGGCAUUUUUGGAAUCCUCAGGAUUCACACAGAUUCUGUGUCAAGCAGAAAGCUGACUGGGGCUUGGUCUCUUAGGCAGCAAAGACACACAGUGACAUGCGCACACGCAUCGACAUGCACUGGGGCACACAGGACACUUUAAAUGCAAAGGGAACCCAGAACAGUGGCUUCUGCACCAACUGCCAUCCCACUCUUCACAGCCACCUCUGGUCUUGGCUCACCUCUCACUCCCCUCAGACUACUGCAUCAUCCUUAUACUCACAACACAAGUAUACACUGGCCAGCCCCAGCCAGAGCUUUGAGAGGGUAACUCCAACAACAACGUGGUUAAAUGUCAGUGCAACCAGAGGGUCCACACAUUGUUUCAAAGGUCAAAAUCCAAUUCUGAGUAGAGUUCUCUACAUCAAGUUUCUAUAAAGAGAAAUACAUAACGUGUGUGUGUGUGUGUGUGUGUGUGUGUGUAUACACAUACACACACACAUUUCAUUCAAGAUCUUUUAAACAAAUAUAUACAUAAGCAUACCAAUAUAUGAUCAUGAUAAAGUCCACAGUGUUAAAGCAAGAAAAUAGAGCUGUCAAGAUUUAGAAUAGACUACCAUCUACCAAGAUGGUAGAGUGAUCUCAUGCCAAAACCUCCCCAUUCUGCUCCUACACUUAGAAAUGACAUUUAAAAUUAUGUUUGUGUAUUUAAAAGAUGAAAACCAAAAAAUUCACGUCUCCCUGCACCAAGAACAGAGAGUAAAACUGUAAUGAUAAGUGAGCUCUUAAGCUUCAGAGAUUCAUGGGGUUGGGAUGAGCACCUGGAGCCAAGGUUUCUACACCCACGAGGACCCAAAUGAUGCCUGAGCAAAGGAAGCAAGGAGCAGGAAUCUUCCUGUGGAGAAUACACUUUCUUUUCUUAAGUUACUCAUAUAUUAGGCAUUAAAAAAAAAAAUCCAUCCAAUUUAGGAGCCAUCUGGGCCUGCCAGUAAUUAAUGUUGAAAGUAAAUAUUCUCAUCCACUACAGGUGGGAAUGUAAUUUGGCACAACAUUUCUGGGAAUCGGUUUUGCAGUAUAUAUCGAGAGCUUUUAAGAUAUCUAUUUGAAAACUAUUUUUGAAAGUCAAAAAUAAUAUUUUGUUGGUCAUUUAUUUUAACCCUACAAUCCUACCUGUUGGUAUUUUGCAAAGAAAAUAAUGAGAGAUGUGCUUAAAAAUGCAUAUAUAAGUAUUUGGAUCACAGCAUUUCUUAUAAUAGCAGAAUUAUGGAUAUUCAACUGUUAUAGAGUGGUUGAAUAAUUAUAUAAUUUUUUACUCAACCAACUGAAAAUGAAGGUGAACUUUACCCCUACCAAGCAAUGACUAUCUGAUUACAUAUAUUUGUCUGUGGGAGCUUCCUGCAUCAAUUCAGGUGUUCCUUACUGUCUGAAACUAGCAGUAUUUUAACUUUUAAAAUUAGAAUGUCAGUAAUAGAUGCUUUUUGUCUUUAUAUUCUGAAGCUAAUUAGAAGUUAUUUAGGCAGAUGGGAAAAGGUUUUAUGAGAAAAAAGGGGAAACGUCGUACUGCAACAUUUGUAGGACUUUAUGAUUUUUUUUCUUUUAGAUCCAGAACUCAGACUUGAUAUAGCAUCUUCUCAUUGUACUUAGUCUGAUUCUCAAACUGUUAUCACUGCUUUUUUUUUGUUUCUCCCAGCACACAUUUUUAUAAGCUAACAUGAGUUUAUCAAAAGAGAAGUCAUAUAUUUUUGGUGAAAGUCAGCUAUACUAUUUAGAAUGGGCAUGAUGGUAUUUGCUUCUCCAUAAAGUUAUCAUGGCUAUUUAUAUAUAUAUAUAUAUAUAUAUAUAUAUAUAUUUCUUCUCCUAGAGUUGAAGAAGGUGUUCCAAGCAUAAGGGGAUAGUUUACAUGUCUCUGAUGCCAUUUGGAGGCAAUUUUACCUGUUUUUGUAGUAAAGUAGAUCUGUUCUCUAGUGACUUAAUCAUUUAGAGCUAGAUAAUACCCAUUGUAAAUAUUGGUGGUGUCUUACCAUUCAAGGAAAAUGGUGAACUCAUAUAUUCUCUUGUAUUGUUGCAAAUUGAAAGUAGGUCACUACUGUGAUGUUCUGUUAAGAAAAUAUAUCAAAUCUUGGGUGAUCUCUGGGAAAGAAACUCUGCUUGGGUUAUUUAAUUUUGCUUUAAAUGAGUGAAUUAUUGUUAGCUUCAAGGAAAUAAGUAAUUUCUUUCCUAGUACAGUUUUAUUUCCAGAAAAAAAAAAAGUGAGAGAAAAAUACGUAACUUAAGAAAAGGUAACCAUUGGGGCACCUGGGCGGCUCAGUUGGUUAAGCAUCUGCCUGACGUUCAGGUCAUGAUCUCACAGUUCAUGGGUUCGAGCCCUGCAUAGAGCUCUCUGCUGUCCAUGUGGAGCCCACUUCAGAUUCUCUGUACCCACCUCUCUCUGCUCCUCACCGUCUCUGAAAAAUAAAUAAAUAAAAAUUUAAGAAAUAAAGAAAAGGUAACCAUUGGGACACCUGAGUGGCUCAGUCAAAUGAGCAUCUGACUCUUGGUUUCAGCUCGGGUCAUGAUCCCUGGGUCAUGGGAUCGAGCCCCACGUUGGGCUCUGUACUGAGCAUGGAGUCUGCUUGAGAUUCAGUCUCUCUCUUCCUCUGCCCCUCUCUCCUGCUUGCACUCUGUCUCUUUAAAAUAUUUUUUUUGAAGUAACCGUUUAGAUUUAUUACUUCAUUAUUCACGAUCUAUUUAUUGAGUAUCUGCAAUGAGUCAGACCGUGACCUAGGCAGUGGGAUAAUAGCAUACAAAGUCCCUACUGUCAAGCUGCUUCAGUAAAUUGUAAGGGUAAAAAUGGACAAUCAAAUUAGCAAAGUGAACAAUCCCAGACAGUGAUGACUGUUGUACGUACAAUAAAACCAGGUGAUGUAUAAGUGAGAAUGCUACACCUCUUUGAAGAGAUGACUUUUGAGCCAGGAUUCAGCCAGGAGAAAAUCUAUGGGAUGAGUUUUUCUGACCAAGUAUGAAAACCUUGAGAUAGGCACAAUCUUUUUUUUUUUUAUGAAAUUUAUUGAUUUCCAUACAACACCCAGUGCUCAUCCCAACAGGUGCCCUCAAUACCCAUCACCCACCCACCCCUCCCUCCCACCCCCCAUAAACCCUCAGUUUGUUCUCAGUUUUUAGGAGUCUCUUAUGUUUUGGCUCCCUCCCUCUCUAACCGUUUUUUUUUUCUUCCCCUCCCCCAUGGUCUUCUGUUAAGUUUCUCGGGAUCCACAUAGGAGUGAAAACAUAUGGAAUCUGUCCUUCUCUGUAUGACUUAUUUCACUUAGCAUCACACUCUCCAGUUCCAUCCAUGUUGCUACAAAAGGCCAUAUUUCAUUCUUUCUCAUUGCCACGUAGUAUUCCAUUGUGUAUAUAAA